ACGCUGAGUGAUGACGUCUCCUCAUUGGGCGGAAGGUUCGGUGGCUGUCGUCGGUGUUCCAGCUGGUGGGAGUUGGCUUCAGGGUGCUGGGCUCUGGGCCCCUGGUGUCUGUAGCUGGGAAGUUGGGCUGCGGGGUCGUCCUUGUCCUUCUGCUUCCAGUGUUCCUGGGUGUCAUUCUGCGGCGCGGGGCCUCGCCACGGACUCGCCGGCCCUGGGGGGCCGCGGCUUUAGUGGUGCCUUUCGCGAGUUCUCUUAAGUACAUCUUAAAACCUUCAAGAUGGUUCUAGCAGAUCUUGGAAGAAAAAUAACAUCAGCAUUACGCUCAUUGAGCAAUGCCACCAUUAUCAAUGAGGAGGUAUUAAAUGCUAUGCUAAAAGAAGUAUGUACAGCAUUAUUGGAAGCGGAUGUUAAUAUUAAACUAGUGAAGCAAUUAAGAGAAAAUGUUAAGUCUGCAAUUGAUCUUGAAGAGAUGGCAUCUGGUCUGAACAAAAGAAAAAUGAUUCAGCAUGCUGUAUUUAAAGAACUUGUAAAGCUUGUAGACCCUGGAGUUAAAGCAUGGACACCGACUAAAGGAAAGCAGAAUGUUAUCAUGUUUGUUGGAUUGCAAGGGAGUGGUAAAACGACAACAUGCUCGAAGUUAGCAUAUUAUUACCAGAGAAAAGGUUGGAAGACUUGUUUGAUAUGUGCAGAUACAUUCAGAGCAGGAGCGUUUGACCAGCUAAAACAGAAUGCCACCAAAGCAAGAAUUCCAUUCUAUGGAAGCUAUACAGAAAUGGAUCCUGUCAUCAUUGCUUCUGAAGGAGUGGAGAAAUUCAAAAAUGAAAAUUUUGAAAUUAUUAUUGUUGAUACAAGUGGUCGGCACAAACAAGAAGAUUCUUUGUUUGAAGAAAUGCUUCAAGUUUCUAAUGCUAUACAACCGGAUAACAUUGUUUAUGUGAUGGAUGCGUCCAUUGGACAAGCUUGUGAAGCCCAGGCAAAGGCUUUUAAAGAUAAAGUAGAUGUAGCUUCAGUAAUAGUGACAAAACUUGAUGGUCAUGCUAAAGGAGGUGGUGCUCUCAGUGCAGUUGCUGCCACAAAAAGUCCAAUUAUUUUCAUUGGUACAGGGGAACAUAUAGAUGACUUCGAACCUUUCAAAACACAGCCUUUUAUCAGCAAACUUCUUGGUAUGGGUGACAUUGAAGGACUGAUAGAUAAAGUCAACGAGUUGAAGCUGGAUGACAAUGAGGCACUUAUAGAGAAGCUGAAGCAUGGUCAGUUUACAUUGCGAGACAUGUAUGAACAGUUUCAGAAUAUCAUGAAAAUGGGCCCAUUCAGUCAGAUCUUGGGGAUGAUUCCAGGUUUUGGAACAGAUUUUAUGAGCAAAGGAAAUGAGCAGGAGUCAAUGGCAAGACUGAAGAAACUGAUGACAAUAAUGGAUAGCAUGAAUGACCAAGAACUGGACAGUACAGAUGGUGCCAAGGUCUUUAGUAAGCAACCAGGCAGAAUCCAGAGAGUUGCCCGAGGUUCAGGUGUGUCAACAAGAGAUGUCCAAGAGCUUCUGACGCAGUAUACCAAGUUUGCACAGAUGGUGAAAAAGAUGGGUGGUAUCAAAGGACUUUUUAAAGGUGGUGAUAUGUCUAAGAAUGUGAGUCAGUCACAGAUGGCAAAAUUGAAUCAACAAAUGGCCAAAAUGAUGGAUCCUCGAGUUCUUCAUCACAUGGGUGGCAUGGCAGGACUUCAGUCAAUGAUGAGGCAGUUUCAACAAGGUGCUGCUGGCAAUAUGAAAGGCAUGAUGGGAUUCAAUAACAUGUAAAGAAGAUGCCUUAAUAGAAACUGACAUGGUUGAUUAUGUUAUCUGCUUAGGCCUGAGUUUCCUCCCUUUUGCGAGUGGGGGAGAAGAAUGUUCUUGCCUGUCUCGCCCUCUUUCUUUCCUCACCAUUUUCCUUCUGUCUUCCUUCUGACAGAAGGGAGAAGUGGCCGGUUGUUUCAGAAGUCAUCAUAUUCCUGCUUUAAAUCUUCUGUUCAUUUCACCGUCAUAACACUUCUUAAGUUAAAUCAUGAUGUCAAAUUUUAGUUCGUAAAGGUUUUUAAUUGUCUCAAAAGCCAAGCAUCUAUAAACAGUCUCGAUCAGUAAAUUACAUGAUAUUGAAGGAAAGUCUGCAAAAUAAACUUCAAGUGAUAAUUUAAAGGGUCGUUAACUUUCUUUAUGGUCUAACGUGGUCAGUGUACCUUCCCCCCCCCCCCCCCCCGAAAGUAGAUAAAAAGCUGGCAGGUACAUUUCGAGGGAGAUAUGGUAGAAAUAAUUUAAUCAUGAAUAUUAGGAAAUGUUAUUUAUUUUAGAAUAAAACGAUUUAUUACAAAAACCUGAGCUUUGCUAUUUUAAUUAAAAUAAAAAAUUUGGUUAAGAAUUUGGUUACAGUGCAUAAUGAUGUUUUGUAUCCACCUUAAAUUUUUACAUGUUUUUGGAGUCUCAUGGUCCUUGAUUGUUUUUAAAGCUGUUUUUAUGUUUCUUACAUACUAUUGACAAAAUUAUGUUUUAGUAAUAGAUAAUACAUAAAUUUGCUAAUGAGAAAGUAAAAUUACUAGGCUACAGUAUUGUAUAUUAAAAAUAGUAAGGGCACACAAAGUUGGUUGGGUUAUUAGUAACUGUUGCUGCACAUGUUCUUGUAGGUGCACUUGUACUUCAGCACAUGUAUGAGGUUAGAGGACUUUUUCUUUUUACAGGUCUUGCUCUGUAGCUCUGGCUGUCCUGGAACUCACUCUGUAGACCAAACUCACAUAGAUCGCCUACCUCUGCCUCCUGAGUACUGGGAUUAAACGUGUGAGGCACGACACUGAGGUUCAAACACAAAUUGGCAAAAGUCAAUUCUCAUUUCACCAUGUGGGACUAGGGGUUGAACUCAGGUCAGUGACACUUGGCCCCAUGAGCCAUAUGUCAUAGGCCACAGCUUUUUAUAAAACAAAACUGUGUGUGUUCGAGUUCAUGCGUGCACAUGCCAGGGUACACAUUAUUGAAAGUCAAGACAACCUCAGGUGCUAGUCCUUGCCUUCUGCAUUGUUUAAGACACGGUCUCUUGUUAGUUGGCCUUCACGCUUCUGGGGGUUCUCAGUUUUCACCUCCCAUCUUGCUGUAGACGCGCUGGAACUACAUUGCUACCAUGUUUACCUUUGGUUAGUUUUUGGAGAAAAGCUCGGACUGGUCUGGAACUCAAUGACAAAUCUGCUUCAGCUUCCUGAAUACAGUAAUUAUAGUAAGUUACUUUUUUUUCUUAAAGAUUUAUUUAUUUAUCAAGUAUACGGUGUUUUGUUGCAUGUAUGUCUGAACACCAGAAGAGGUCACUAGAUCUCAUAACAGAUGGUUGUGAGCCACCAUGUGGCUACUGGGAAUUGAACUCAGAACCUUAGCAAGAGCAGUCAGUGCUCUUAACCACUGAGCCAUCUCUCCAGCCCUAAAAGCAGAUUUUUAAAUGUUUUUUUUUUUUUUUCAACAAGAAAUAAAUAUGUGAGGGGGAAACCUGUAAAUUAACAUUCUUUGAAAAGUAUUCUCCUAAAGAAUGCAGUUCAGCAAGGCGUGGUAGUGCUUAGCAAAGCUAGGAUUCAGGAAGCUGAGGCAGGAAGAUCAGGAGUUGGAGGCCGGCCUAAGUUAUGUAGCCCUUGUCUCAAAAACCAAAAAUGUAACAAAAGAAUACAACUGAUUUUGUGUUUUGCUUAGGUACAGAUAUUAUAGCUAAUAAUUAUUGUUUAGUAGAGGACUAUGAUUUCCCUACUGGGCACUGUAUUCUGGAAAAAUUACAUAUUUUGUGUUCUGCAGAAUUGGCAUAGCAGGGCACAGCUAUAGAAAUCUGAGCUAGAGAAAAUGCUAAUUAAAGUGCACACUACCUUUUCCGGAUAUGCGUGUUAGUGAUUUCUGUUUUCGGGGUAUUUUGUCUUGACUGAAUAAAAGUAAAUGAAAUGACUUUUGGCCAUAAAAUCCUGAGUACCUUCUGCAUGUGUUUUGGUAUUUUUAUGUUUGAUUUGAAUUUGUUUUCCAAAACUAAACAGUGGCAAAAGAACCAUUAGAGAUCAAGAUGCCCCUAGGUCAGUAUAUUAGUAAGAGGUAAGGGUUCUCAAGAGUCACAGAACUUACUAAAUAAAUCUGUCUGUCUAUCUAUGGAAUUUAUUGGAAUGACUUACAGGCUGCAGUACAACAUUGACCUGUUGUGAAUGGAAAGUCAAGAAUCUAGUAGUUGCUCAGUCCCACUAGGCUGGAUGUCCCAGCUGUCUU